AUGAGGGGGUUCCACCCGGUGGGGGUGACUGCCCAUGCGAAGUCGCCGCAGAUGAAGAGGCGUGAAUGGAGCGUCGUCUCGAGUGGGGGCAGGGCUAGCAGCGGGUGUAGCGCGUGCAGUGCAUGCAGCAUAGGUGGUGCUGGCAACACUGGUGGCAUUCCCCCCCGAAGUAACCGCUUACCGAAGGAGAAAAAAAACAAACGUGACGUUAGGGGAGCCCCGUCCAUUACGAAAGCUGGCUGUACGGGUGACUCACACACGGGGAGGGGUCCGAGUCUACGUGCAAGUGUAAAGAAAAAACGGGGGCCACAGCUUGCACGAAAAGGGGCACCGAAAGGGGGGCAAACGGAAGCGAACCAGCUCGGAGAAGCGCCACCAUUAAGGAGCGCACCCAAGAUCGCCUCCCUGGCGACCUACGCACAUAAGUACAGACUAACGAAGACGUGCAGCCUGAAAAAGGGCUGCCAACAAAAGAGGAAGACGAGUACCCCCCGGGGAAGAAGCAACUGUAGUGAGAGACCAAAUGGACUGAUGGAGCAGCAGAAGUGCCGCGUGCAUUACCAUUGCGAAUCCCCGAAGGUGGAGGGUCCCUCUGCUGGUGUGUUGCUUCUAGAAGGAGGAGGGAAGCCCUCUCGGGGGAAAAUCAAACCGAUGACGAAAUUGAGAAAGAAAAAAAAUGAACGUCUGCGCGGGGGGUGCGAUCCGUUAAGUGAGCACUUGGAAGACAUGAAUGGAGGAGGCCUUCCGGGGGGUGCCUGCCCAGGUGGGAGUAGACUCCACAGCGGAAGUGACCCAGGUGACCCAGUCGAUCCAGGCGAUGUUCCCAAUUGGGACGAGCUGUAUAGCUUCUUCCCCUAUAUGUAUAACCGCGUUGAAAGUGAUGGCAGCAGAGGGGAGGGGACCCCCAAUGGAGGUGUCGUUCACUCCUUCUGUGAGUACCCAAUCGAACAGAUCUGCGAAGGUGAGAAGGAGAGACGAUGCAUCUACCAGGCUGACUUAGGUGGAGCAGACAUGUCACUGCUACCCGUGGGAGGAGAGGACCCACUGAAUGAAUAUCGCACGGGAGGCAGCUCCAACGAGGGAGACUUGGAAGGAGGGUCCCAUCAGUUAAGGGGAAGAGAUUCGAAUGGGGACCUCUCCAAUGACUACAUCACAUACAAACAGUACGUAGAGAAGAGCGGCUCGAAUGGGAGGAGUAGGCUGGAGGGGGGGCUUACCAACGGGGGAGGCAACUCAGGUGCGGCUCGCUUUACACAUGGGGGGUACUGCAGCGACGGUGAAGGGGGCGGACGAGGGGCGGCAAUUACGGAAGAUGCAGAUCGGCGUAGAAAUAUGAGUGUAAAUCUGCGCGGCCAUUUGCGUGAACCCCCUUGGGGAGACCUAAACGGGGAGGGAGUGCCCCCCGCUCACGAGAUGCAGAGCGAACGGAUGCAGAGACGAACGGACGAGCUGGACGCAAACUCGAAGCGGGAGACACACCACGCAUGUACAGCCAGCAGCAACCAUUUGAGGAGUCACUCCUACGCCGAUGAGUUAGACGAUGUGCACUCCAAUUUUGCAGAUUCUUUUUCCAUUAAACAUUUGCCAGAGGUGCCAAAUGAUGUGGCCAUGGUUUGCAGUAGUGAUGAUGCUUCUACUGGAGAGGAGCAGCAUGCCUGUCGUUCUUCGUUAACUGGUGAACUGGCAAUGGAUGGAGGAGGUGGGGGGGCCAACGGAGGGCGCUGCAACUCUUCGGGGGAGGAUGGGUCUGGCGUGUAUGCAGAGGGGAGCGUCGAACGGGGGAUAGAUCCAAAUGAGAACGUCCCUAAUGAUGGCUGCUACUAUUCCCAGGAAGAAAAGAAGAAAAAAAAAAAAAAAAAAAAAAAAACGGGCAGUCAUACGGAUGAAGUGUUAUCCUCAACAGGUGGUGGUGGAUUCUACCUCUCCGGUGGGAGAGGAGAUGCCCUUUCGAUUUCAUGCAACGGGGUUGGAGCGAAAUGGGAGAGUCUAGUGACGGACUCGAGGGGGCACUUUGGGGAGGGCGGGCCGCUGUCCCACUCGGAUAACUACUUCCGCGGUGCGUCCUCGGAGGGUCAGCGUGCAGGCGGGGUUGGUGAUGAGGUUGGCGGUGGUGUUGGUGAUGAGGUUGGCGGUGGUGUUGGUGAUGAGGUUGGCGGUGGUGUUGGUGAUGACCUCCUUGGUGAUGACCCCAUAGACGAGGCCACUCCCUGCUUGGGCCGCCCCUACUCCGUGCGAGGGGAACUCCCAAACGACUGCUCACCGGAGAGACCCCCUUUUGGGGACCCCCUUUACAGCCACCACAGCGACGCGUCCAUAAUGCACAUAGAUAGUCUGGAGGACACACCAGGGCCUUUCUCGAGGGUAGAAUUGCACAGGGGGGUAGAGUCUGAUGGGAAGAGUCCCUACGUGGGUUAUAACAUUCAGGCAGAGUGCCCAGUGGAAGAGGCUCACGAGGAGGAAGACGCAGAUUUGAGGAGAGCCUCCUUUGAAGAAUCUUUGGGAGGAUCAUUCCCACAGCAGGGGGAGAAGGCCAUCCCAUUUGCGUCAAUCAGGAGGGGAGACACCCAGAGCUCAAACGAAUGUAGAAGCAGCAUGAGUGGUCGCAACACGGGUGGUCUCAACGGAUCGGACGAGAGUAACCUCAUUGGGGAGGAGAUGCCAAUGAGUUUUUUCCCUGGCACGUUCGCCCCCCAUGUGGGAGGAGGAACCGACGAGGAUAGCGCCAAAGGGGUGUACCAACUUGGGGAGAGCGGCAAUGAAAGGAGCGUAUCGAGUGACCCAAUUUUGUCCCACUCGUUUGACAGUCAUCCCGCUCAUCAUCCUGCUGCUCCUCAUCACUGCGACCAUUUCGUUGGCGAUGGAGAGUUGCCCCAGUGGGACGCUCGAAGAGGAAGCAGUUACACAUGUGCUAAUGAGAAUUAUGUGUGCAAUUCUUUUGGUGAUUCUAAAGAGGAGGGAAUUCUGAUGAGGGGAGACCCAUGUUCCUCCUUCGGUGGUGCUCACGUGAGGGGUAGGGACGGUACGGAGCCCAGUGGGGAGGUCCCCCACCACACAGCAGAUGGAGAUCCAGGCGAAGACAGGUUGGCCGUUGAGCUGCUGUACUCUUUCUCAACGUUUAGGAGUAACACCACGGAGGGGCACAGCGAUGGGGGAGUGCCUCACGAUGGAACUACUCCUGAUACUCGUGGCGACCCACUUGGGAAUAACUGCGUCACCGCCAAAGCGCAGGCACGUCAUCGCUCACCUGAACAUGUUCAGGCGAAGAUGAAGAAGAAGAAAAGCGGCUCCUUCAUCUCAGAACCCCACGGCAGAAGCAGACAAGUGGGGAUGUUUUCCAUUUUUAGAAGUCGCAGCGCGCAUAUGGUGAAGGAAUCGAAGCGAGACUGCGCGAGUGAUCCGAGGGGAGACUGCCCGAUUGGGUCCGAUGAGACCACCCCUAUACGCAACAACCAAAUGAGUAGGAAGAAGAACCAGUCGAGCGGACUGCCACCAUUUAAAGGCAUCAAUUUACCAGAACAGGUGGCGAGAGAGGGGGAGGGAAUUGCAACCAAGGGGGAGCAGCAGGAGGACGGUUCUCCCCGCACGGGGGAGAGGCCCUCCGCGUUGGGGAAGCGCCCCAAAGGAUGUGUCCUCUCGGGGGCAGCUCUCCCAAAUGAGACAGGCGAGAAGAAGAAAAAAAAAAUUUUUAAGAGCAAACUGCUGGAGGGGUUGAAAAGGCUGAUGGGGAGGAACGACGCCGGUCACGAUGUUGGGGAAGGCGGCCAUGGUGGGGAUAGCGGCCAUGGUGGGGAUAGCGGCCAUGGUGACGGUGGCAAUGGUGGGGGUGGCAACCGUGAUGAACCCCACCCAGUGGACCAAAGCCGUAAGAACGAACCAAACGGAGAGCCCCCCCUCGACGGAGCGCGCAGAAGGAGGCUAAACAGCUACCACGAGGAGGCCAUCGCGAGUGAAAAGAUUUACCGAAGCAGGAGAAGCGCUUCCGUGAAUGGCACAAGCACAUGGAAAGAGAGGACCAGGAGGACGCUGAUGUGCAACUCAAAUGGAGAGAACCCCAUCGCAUAUGACAAAUGCUCAUUUAACGUAAAGGGAAGCCACCAGAUGGGGAGCGAACCGGUUGGAAAGACACACCUGGGGGGGUCCACAGGAAAUGUGUGUGGGAAGGAAGAAGCUAACAGGAAGGAUGCCUCCACAAAGGGAUGUCUCCCAUUUGGUCUGGACAUGAGUGUGCAUAUAAGAAGUGAAGCCCUCAUCAUUCAUGCGGGUAAUCUGGAGGACCGUUUGGAAUUCCCUGUGGAGUUAAGGGGUGCCAUUAGCUCCACCUCCAGCUGUAAUGAGAAUUACUACUCCGAGGGGACCUUCGGUUAUGCUAAAAUUGGUUCUUCUGAGAGAAGAGACAAGGGAGACGAAUCGACGUUUGAGGGGAUGGCUCAUGUGGGGAAGUGCGGCGAGGAGAGCGGGGGGGAGAGCUGCAAAGAGAUUACUGUGGUGAACCCCUGCGUGUGUACGGCGGGGGAGCAGGCAGACCCGCAUUACGCCGAGGGGGAUGCUCAAUUGCGACGCGACGAGGAAGCGCAAAGUGAAAAAAAAAAAAAAAAAAACUGCCAACCAGGGGAGGAAGACGUCAGGGCCGCGGUAGAGAGCGGGAAUAGGGAAAUUUGUGAAGGGGCCGAUGAUUCCACCCAUUUGAGGGAGCACCCGCACUCGAAGCAGGGUGAAGAAGUGACGGUAGUAACGUUAGAGACGACUCGGGGGGGGAACACAUACGCAGACGUGUGGAGCGAAGGCGGCGCCGGUUUGAAGCCUCGCCAAAUGGAGGAACAGACGUUAGCCAGUGAAGAGGGGGUCCCAAGUGGGGGGAAUGCAAAACUGGCUCAACUGAAUGAGACCCUAAGUGGGGGGAAUGACAGGCUGGUCAGAGAGAAUGAGGUUCUCCAUGGAGAGAAUGCAAAGCUGGUCAGAGAGAAUGAGGUCCUCGGUGGAGAGAAUGAAAAACUGUCUCGAUUGAAUGAGAUCCUUAGUGAGGAGAGUGCAAAGUUGGCUCAAUUGAAUGAGACCCUAAGUGGAGAGAAUGCAAAGCUGGCCAGAGAGAAUGAGGUCCUUAGUGAGGAGAAUGAAAAGCUGGCCAGCGAAAAGGAGGUCCUAAGUGGGGAUAAUACCAAACUGGCUCAAUUGAAUGAGGUCCUCGGUGGAGAGAAUGCCAAACUGAGCAGCCAAGUGGACGCACUCAAAAGGGACGAGGAAGAGCAACGAAGGGAAAGGGGGCAGCUCCAGGAGGAACUGGCCCAACUUCACAAAGACGCGGCGGAGGAGAGGGAAAACUACCUCGCAGAGCUAGCCCAACUGCGUACCGAGAGGGAGAACUACCUCACAGAGCUGCAAACGCGGGAGGAAGAGCUCCGGAAGAAGUGCGAGCGACUCGAAAGCGACAAGGAAGCCCUAACGACGGAGAAAAUGAACAGCGUGCUUAGGAUCAACCACCUGAAGGAGCAGCUCAAUAGAGAAAGCAAAUCGGUGAAAGAGUUAACCAACGAGUUAAGAGAGAGGGGUGAAGAAAUGGUGGUCUGCAGGGGAGAGCUAACCACGAUGGGGAGAGUGCUAAACGAAACGAAAGCGGAAGUGGAGCAGCUGAAAAACCAAAUUGAAACGCACGUGCAAAAUGAAAGUGCUAGUGGGAGGAGAGUAGCCAUGCUGGAGGAAGAGGUGCAGGUGUAUAGACAGCUAGCAGAACAGCUGCGGAGUGCAGGGGGGGGUCGCAGAGAGGAGGCACCCCCACGCGAAGGAGAUGUUGCAGUUGACCAGGUAAGCGGAAAGGUGAGCGGAAAAGUAGGCGAAAAAUCAGGCGAGCAAAGCAACGCCCUCAUUCAACUGCUGAAACGACGAAGGCGGGGAUUCACCCAAAGUGGAGACUGCAUUGAGGCAGAGGAGAAGCUGUCCGUUGAGGACCACCAGCUGGUAUGCGACGAGAUUGACGCGCUGGGGAUCGACGAGCUGAGGGGAAGGUGUAAAACUUUAGCCUGGCAGUGUACGCAGUUGGUUGUGCAGCUGGAAGGGGGCAAUAAUGGCUCUGGGGGAGUGCCACCCGCUUUGGGGAGCCAGCCCAGGAGUGGAGGGGAAGAAGCGCAAGAAGGAGAGGAAGAAGGAGACCCAGCUGAACAAACGAUCAACAAACAGGGUGACUCUCCAAAGCGUGCCGAAAAAGACACCGCUGCUAUAACCUGCACAUAUGAAGAGUCAUCAAAAGGGGUGGCAACACAGCUGGUGGUCCACUCGGAGGAUGAAUGGAAAUCCAUUUGUAAUGAGAUCCUACGGAGGACGUCCGAAAUUACUAAACACGUAGAUGCAGUGAACAUGAAGAUGUGCAGCUUGAAGAAGAAGGGCGGCUGCUGGGAGGAGAGCGCGGACUACUCCGACUGCCUCGAUUGGCUAAACUCCAUUUCUAUUGACGUCCUUUUCAUCAACACGAAUGUUUCGCUGAUGGGGGAGGUGGCUCGGGGGGCGCCCAGGGUGGACCAAGCAGAUGGGCAUCCAGAUGGGCAACCACCUGGGCAGCGGAACGACCGACCGAGUGACCUCCCUAAUCCCCGCCCAGACGAUGCGCACACCGCCGCCUCACCGGAGGAACUACCCCGGGAAAAGCUCCAAACGGGAAGGAAUCACUCGCAGGGAAUUGAAUUCAAAAUGGAAGGACCCCCACCCGAGAGGUGCACUUUUGGCGAUGAAAAAUGGGAAGACGCAAAUCAGCUGAAUCGUUCAAAUCAGCUGACUUCUUCAAAUCAGCUGACUUCUUCAAAUCAGCUGACUUCUUCAAAUGAGUUGACUUCUUCAAAUCACCUGACCUGUUCAGAAAAUUUGGUCACCUUUUUUGAAAUUUUCUUUUCGAGCGAUUUGUUUCUGACCCUGUGCCACGUGUGCAAGGGGGCCCUCGAGAUGAGCACGUGGGCGAGGAAGGGGGAGGAGGAGAACUGCCUUCGGGGGGUGCACAACUUGGUUAGCCGCCUAUCCGAAAUGGAGAGUCUGUGCAGGGAGGAGGAGGAGCUGCAUGGUGAGGGAGAAGAGGGUCCUCCCGCCGAAGAAGUCCUCAGUGAAGCCGCAAGUAACCCCCCCUACGAGCUGUUCCGCGUGUUGAGAAGACACCUACAGAGGUUGGCCCUCCUGCUGAGGAAGGGCAGCUGGAGGAAGCACUCACACGAAGUGAUAGACGCAGUUUGCACCCUCAGAAAUGUCGUUAGACUUGUUCUGAAGGCUUUUUUAAAAUUUCAUGGCCUGCACUCGACAUUUUGCGGGGCGGGUGAACCGAAUGGAGAUCUCCCCCCCCCAGAUGGUGAUUUAUCGAAACGGUUUUGUAAGUCCCUAGUGGAGGGAGGGAGUCACUCGAAGGGUACUGCCCAUCGGUUUGUUAGUCCCCUUUGGGGAAUGGAGCCAUCCCGCAGAGGGGAUGCCAAAGUGGGAUCCAAGUUAAGGACAAAUCGGAGCAACGGGGACAGCGGGGAGGCGCUCUGCAUUGAUGCCGACGUGGGGGAAGACCUCGCCGAGGCUCACUUGGACCACCUUGCCGAGCGGAUCGUUCAGCACAACUACAGCGCGCACGUCGUUCCGUGCCUGAUUGCGCUCUGCGCGGAUGAGGUCAUUCUGGAGCGGUCCCUCUCAGGGGGCGCUCCCUACAGAAGAAGCGGUAGCAGAGGUAGCAGCAUAAGUGGCAUCGGCAGAAGCGGCACCGGCGGGAGGGACGACUUUUCCGCCCAGAUGAGCGACUUCGCCGCGGACAUCUUUAGAAGAAUGUCGGAGCGCAUGAAGUGGAAUGAGCUAAUCAUCAGCGGCGACUCAUUCGCGUCUUUCUUUGAGGAGGGGGCACUGAAAUCCAAGCUGAGAGGCAACCCCGUCAUGUGUAGCAAAAGGAAAGUAAACGUAGAUACGGUGUACGCGCAUUUGGGGGCGCUUCUCCGGCGAAGGGGUGCCAUCCGUGGAGGCGACGGCUUCUUCGGUGAGUUCUUUAGGAGUGCUCGCGCGGCAGCUUUGCGGCAGUCACUCUGUUUGGGGGGCGCUCCCCAUGUGGGCAUCUCCUUAGGAAGUGCUUGCCUCUCCUCCAGUGUGCCCCCCAGCAGCAGCAAUGUGCCCACUCUCCACAGAGGGGUUCACACCAAAAGCGCGUCCUUCACCGGGAGUGGUGAAAUGGGCAUACAGAGGGAGGGUCCCCACUUUGCAGAGGCGUCUCCAAGAAAGCAAGGCAACCACUGGGGUGACGAGGGAGGCUCGGAGUACCCCCUCAUACGUGUAGACAACGAGUGCGUGAGUGCUCUCUUCCACAUGUGGCACGCGAUGGAAAAGAGGUUUUUUCUUAAGAUCGGCAAGAGGGGAGAAGAGACCUCCGUGGGAGAACUACUCCCCUGUGUGGGAGAAGCAGCCCAAGAGGGAGGCACCAACCAAGUGAAGCCCUCCAAAGGGGAGCACACAUCCACGAUGGACACCUACCUGCGCUCCAUGGUAUAUGACUCAUUUCAGUGUGCAGAUGAAAACGAACAGAUAGGGGUGAACCACUUCAUUCUUUUGUUUAAGCAGCUGGGCAUACACAUUCGCGACAGCGAGCUGCACUCCCUGUGGUGCAUCAUGACUGGGAAGAGGGACGUUAACAAAGCAAUGAAAGAAAAGAUUUCAAUUGGCACGUUUGUGAAGAAGGCCUACUCUACAAACCCCUCGCUUGUUUUUUAUGAGCACUGCAAGGCCAAGGUGAAGUUGCGGGAGGCUCAGCAGAAUUUGAGGCACUUGCGGCGGUACAACAGGAAGCUGCUCUUGCUGCCCGUGGAGGGCGGCAGCGGGCCCUCCUCAGGGGGGUCUACCACUAGGGAACCUUCCCCAAAUGGCGGCACCGCUAGUGAACACCGCCCAACGCACUUCCUCCCCCUGCAGAGGUACCACCAGCUGGCCAAGCACAAACACAGCUAUGUAUACGAUUUUGAAAUCACCAGCAUUGGGAAGCUGAGUGAGUAUGAAGCCGGCGAGCUGGUGAACGUGUAUUUCCACAGCGGAGAGGAGCUGGGCAUAGGAAUUAUAAACAGGAGGAGCAACUUAGCGAUCCGGAUCAUCGACCGUGACGUUCGAAAAAGCAUAAACGAUCAUUUCUUCCUCACCAAGUUAUAUGAAAGUGUAAAGAGGAGGUUCCACUACCUAUAUAGAGAUGUGCAUCUAUGCAAGUGGAUGUAUUCUUUACGGGUUCGAAACGGGAUCAACAUGUAUUGCAAAAUGGUUAGCUCGACCAGUGACGGGUUGCCAGGUCUAGUGGUGUAUUCACUGGGGAAAGACCUCUACAUUCGAUAUGACAAUCUGGCCAUCCAAAGAUUUAGGAGUAUCAUCGAGAAGGAACUAGACGCCAUAUUCUCUCCCCAAAACAUUUUAUGCAAAAGGAUUGCUAGCAAAAAGGAAAAGAGAGCCCAGCAGGGGAAAGAAUACACAUUAGAAACGAUUAAGGGAGACCACUCCGAUGUUAGGCACUGCGAAAAUGGCUUAACCUUCUACAAUCAGGUGUCCAAUACGACGUACAUUCCUUUUCACGUAGAGAACAAACGAGACCGACUCUUCUUGCGCUCCGUCUGUGACGGUGCAAACGUGUUAUGUGUUAAUGGGAACGUUGGGGAGUACCUCAUUAACUGUGCUGCCGUUUCGGAGGUGGCACCCAGUGCAUCAGGCGCGUCAGGCGCAUCGGGCGUCUCCAUCCUCCUGUGCGAGAGUGCCAAGAAUGCCAGUUACGUCGACCGGAACGUCAAGCGGAACGGCUGCGAGCAGGUCAUGUGCCUCUACCGGGAAGACGUCCUGGACGAGCUCAACAACAUGCACAUGAACAACCUCAGAUUCGGGCUAAUCAUUUUCAACGCAAAAAGCAACAUCGUUUUUAGGAGCAGCUCCUACACGAGCCUCUACGGGAAGAGGUACACGGCCUCCUUCAAGGGGGUGCACAAGCAUUUGGUUUUCCUCUCGGACCUCUUGCAGGAGGGCGGCCUCCUCUUCGUGACGGCCGAACUCUCCGCAAGGGACUACCACCAAUUCUUGAACAUUGUCAAGUGCGUGUUUGAGCGUCGGAGGCGCAGCCUCUCCAUCGUGUAUGAAAAUGCCUGCAGUGUGGAGGAUAGCAUCCUCUGCAACGACCAAACCACCUGGUACCUGCGAUCGGUCUGUUUUAGACUCGGGUGUCCCUAA